CACUAAUCAAAACUACAACAACAACUAAUGCAUACUUCUUUGGAUUCGAUUAGAAUCUAAUCAUUAGAAUUACACUUUUAGCGUUAACAGUAUAACAUAAGCAUUUGAAAGAGCAUUUCGAGAGAAAAGAAAAUGCUUUUUAACUUAGUUAGAAAUCGUUUAUUAAACAACAGACUUAAUCAUUUAAUUAAUUUUACAUAUAGAAUGUCAUCACAACUGAUCAAAGUCCAAUUAAAACCAGGUAUUAUUGUUGGUCAGCAAAAAACUUUGCCCAAUGGAAAUUUUUAUCAAAGUUUUCAGGGUAUACCCUACGCAGUUCCUCCACUGGGCGAAUUACGCUUUAAGUCGCCAUUGCCAUUGGAACGUUUUGGAGUUCCUGAAUUAAAUUGUCUGAAGGAACGCAAUGUUUCUCAUCAGCGACAUCCUCUUACUGCAGAAGUGAUAGGAUCAGAAGACUGUUUAUAUUUAAAUGUUUAUGUUCCAAAAAAUUCAGAGAAUUUUUUUAAACCACUUCCGGUCAUGGUUUGGAUUCACGGAGGUGGGUUUUGGUUUGGCAGUGGAAACAGUGAUUAUUAUUUACCCUUGAGCCUUAUACAAGAGGAUGUUAUUGUCGUUACAUUGAACUAUCGAUUAGGUGCAUUAGGUUUUCUCUCUCUACCAGAAGAAGGUAUUUGGGGAAACGCUGGACUUAAGGAUCAGCGCCUAGCUUUACAAUGGGUGCAAGAUAAUAUUCAAGCAUUCAAUGGGGAUCCCAAUAAUGUUACUCUAUUUGGUGAAUCAGCCGGAGCAUCUUCUGUACACUUACACGUAGUGGCUAAACACGCCAAUAAACUUUUUCACAAAGCCAUUAUGCAAAGUGGUACUGCCAAUAUGGAAUGGGUUUUUCAAUCAAAUCCUGCCUACAAAACACGCCGUUUAGCUGAACUCAUGAACUUAAAAACAAGUGAUACUAAGGAAUUGCUGAACUUUUUGCAAUCGCCUAAGGUAACACCUGAAGAUAUUUUGGCUAAAACUUUACCCAUAAUGACAUCAGAUGAACGUAGACGUUGUUUGCCUUUUCUCUUCAAACCCGUUAUAGAAGACAGUCAAAGCCCCGAUAGUUUUAUUAAUCGACCUAUAUUGGAGAGGCUACAACAACCAAAUUCAAUUUAUGUACCUUCAAUAAUGGGUUAUAACUCAGCUGAAGGUUUGGUUAUGAUGGUCAACGCUAUAAAGAAGAUAGGAGAGUAUGACAAAGAUUUGCAUAGAUUUGUACCCAGGAAUAUUCCCCUCGAUCCACAAGACAACGAAACUAAAGAGAUUGCCAAAAAAAUGAGAGAUUUUUAUUUCAAUGGCAAAUUAAUAAAACCGGAACUGUUUAACAAUUUUACUGAUCUACUCUCGGAUUAUCAUUUUGUCGUGGACAUGCAAAAGGCUGCCGAAUGGCAGGCGAACUUACAACCGCAAGCCCCAUUGUACUUUUACCGUUUUGAAUACGAUGGCGAUCGAAAUAUGUACAAACGAUUAUUCCAAUUAAAUAAAUUAGCUGGUGUUUGUCACGCAGACGAACUUUUUUACCUCUUUCAAAUGGCUGAUGAUGAUAUGCCAAUCUCUGAACGCGAUCAAAAACUGAUUAAGCAAUUUUGCAAUUUGUGGGCAAAUUUUGCUAAAUAUGCAAAUCCUACCCCACGAGAGCAACCUCGUUUAAUAAACUGUGAUUGGUUGCCAGUUAAGAAAACUGACAACGCACAAUUUUCAUUAGACUAUUUAGCGAUCGAUAACGACGGAUGCCAAAUGAAAACAAAUCCUGACCAAGCGCGUAUGGAAUUUUGGAAAAGUAUUUAUAAAUCAUAUAAAGCUACUGAUUUGUCACGUCUGAGUUCAAAGUUGUGAUUGUUAUUAUAAAAAUAAAGUUUAAUACGUUUUUGAUUACAUUUAA